UCCUGACAGGGUUGUGCCAGCGAGAAAAUCAUUUCGUUUAACGAAAAUAGCCAGCGUUACCCGUUGCAUGACUCUUGCCAAGAGAGAAUGAGAGAGGAAAGAACCGGGUUGCUCUGAAAAGAGGAAGAGCGAGAAAGCAAGAAGAACACGAACGGAGGAACGCUGAUUGAUCAUUCUGAAAAGUAGUUUUGGAAGUGAUAGACGGUUUAAGGAAAAUGGAUGUUUCCGACAAUGAGAAUAAUUCAUCACCUUUCAAGCACCUUCCGGAAGCUGAAUAAUCCCGCUGGAGAGCGUAACAAACAGCCAAUACUGGGGGUACUUCGACAAUUUAUAGACACGAAUCAGCCAGGCAAGAAACUCCUAGAAAUAUCUUCCGGUGUUGGACUACAUGUGUCAUACUUAGCAGCACAUUUUCCAAACGUACACUUCCAUCCUUCAGAAUACGACAUAUCGCUGUUCGGUAGCAUCGAAGCCUAUAGGAAGGAUGCUUCCGUGCCCAAUAUAAACUCCCCUAUUCAUAUUGAUAUUUCGACACCUUACACUGAUUGGAGCAAAGAUCAUGAUACCGCUCGUGUGGCGCAAAAGGAAAAUUUCGACUACAUGCUCAACAUCAACAUGAUGCACAUUUCGCCAAUCAGCUGUAGCGAAGGUCUCUUUUGGAAUGCUUCCAGGUUGUUAAAGCAUUCGGGACUUCUUUUCACCUACGGACCGUAUGCCGUGGAUGGAAAACUCACUCCGGAUAGUAACGUUCAGUUUGAUGCCUCUUUGAGAUCUCGGAAUCCAUCUUGGGGCAUUCGCGACAUAAGAGAGCUGGAAAAAUUGGCCUCCAACAAUGGCAUUUUACUGAGGAAGGCAUUUGACCUACCAUCCAACAACAAGUGCUUGGUUUGGGAGAAAACGGAAACAGCUGAAGGUGUGCAAUAAAUUUGAAGCCCA